AUGGAGUUUUCUUCUACCUUGAGUUUUUUCUCUCCUGUAAAGCCUCCAUUAAUGGGUACUAGUACUAUUGUUACGCAUAAUAGUGGGAACAGUAGAAGAAAUAUGCGGCCUGUAAUGGAAUCCUCUGCUUUUUCUUACCAGAAAUUCAUUCACUUUGCUCUGGAAGAAACCAAACGCCAUACCCAGCUGGUUCAUUCUCCCUUGCAGGAGAAAUUCAGUCCCUUGACAGCCAUGGAUGGAAAAACUGAGCUUAAACUGCUCUCAUACAAAGCUCCAAAGAUUAGACUCUUCCGCAGUUUGCAUAUUGAAGGGAGUGAAGGAAUGCAGGUUUUUGAUUUUGCGGUGUUCCCAGAAUCAGAAUAUGAUCUGCCUAUAUUUUGUGCUAACUUUUUCACCACUGCUAGCUCCAACAUAGUUGUACUGGAUCUUAACCCUUUGCAUGAUGUCAUUGACCAAAGGGAUUACAAGGAGAAGUACUAUAAGAACUUAAUGCCUCUUGGGCUUCAGUAUGCUGAGCUUUUGCCCUGGGGAGGAAAGCUUACCAGCGAGUCUUUGAGAUUUUUUUCACCAAUAGUUAUGUGGACCAAGUUCCCUUCAAGCCAGCAGAAUCAUGGUGUUCUAUAUUCUGCAUUCAAGGAUUACUACAAGGCCUGGCUUGAGUUAAUGGGCCGAGCAGCAGAAGAGUCUGAUGCUUGUCGAGUUAUUCACAAUCGUGAAGCGCAGCAUAGGUACCUGACGUGGAGAGCAGAAAAGGAUCCAGGUCACCGACUUCUAAAAAGAUUAAUUGGGGAGUCUCUUGCCCAGGAAGUAAUGAGAAACUUCCUCUUCAAUGGAAUUGAUGAGCUAGGAAGCAACACAUUUCUGGAUUACUUUCCGGAGUACAAGCUUGAAGACGGAACUAUAAAUGACAAACGCAGUAUGAUUGGGAAGUCGUUUGAAACCCGACCUUGGGAUAAAAGAGGAGAAUUUGUCGGUGACAAUGUUUGA